GCGCGCGCCAUUCGCUAAGAGACCGCCGCGCGCUCAACAUGAUCCUCCCCGCGCGCACCAUGUCCCCGCCGCGCGGUGCCUUCCACCCGCCCGCCGCGCUCGCGCCCUGCAACGCCAACCCCGAGGAAGAACCUGUCUCCCGGACCUAUCAGUACCGCAAGGUCAUGAAGCCCAUGCUCGAAAGGAAACGCCGAGCCCGCAUCAACCGCUGCCUCGACGAACUUAAAGACCUAAUGGUCACGGCCCUCCAGGCCGAAGGCGAAAACGUCUCCAAACUCGAGAAAGCCGACAUCCUCGAACUCACCGUUCAACACCUCCACAGCCUGAAGCGAAGAGGACAACUAGUGCUCAAACCUGAAAUGUCAUACGCGGAGCGAUUCCGCGCCGGAUUUACACAGUGCGCCACUGAAGUGUCUCAGUUCAUCGCCAACGCCACCCUGGCUGCAAACGCCAUGCAGCGCCAGGGGCCGGUUGAUCCUCAAGCUGGAGCGAGGUUACUGCAGCACCUCACCAACUGUAUCCGAAGGUUGGAGAAUCCUCAAGUGGUGCAGCCUCAGCCGAUUGCGCCUAACGGUGUGGCGAGGCCGACGCCUCUGCAACCCAUAGCACCAGCGCCACCGCAACAGCAGCCACCGCCGGGGCCUCAACCGGUGAUGGCACAGCAGAGGACGAUGCUGCCGGAGCGAGGGCUGAAGAGGCCCGCGGAGGCGCCGAUGGACAGCGAGGCGGCGUACGCAAAGCGCGCGUACGCGCCGCCCUCCCCGCCGCACAGCCCCGCCUCCGAGCCGGACUCCGCCCAGUCGAUGUGGCGGCCCUGGUGAUCACCAACACUGACCGCCUCCUCCUGAUCUCGCCUGCUUCCAACCAGGACUGUGUGUCUGUGUGAUAUCACCAAGAACGUUUUGUUGUUUGUUUCUAUUGACGUUCCUAGAACCGAUGUGUGUUAAAGUUAACGAUGCAUGUUGUCCGUCGCUUUGCUUGUUGAAGUUUGUUUUUAAUUUAAAUAAAGUAAGGGUUUUGUUUUUGAUAUCGAUCUGUGUUAUUUUGAUAUUCCUAACUUCAACGUCUUCCACGUCGGUGUAAGCCUUAAGCAUUUACUUUAAACUUAAGAAGUACCAUAAUGUAGAAUAGCACCUAAGCUAAUACUGUGAUAUUGUAGUUGUCUCGAUCGACAAUCGAUCGUCUAGUUUGAUAUCGAUAAACAAUUAAUACUGUUAGGUUAUAUACCAUAAUGAACAAAUAAACAGAAUAAUAAAUACUGUGUUCUAUGCUAAACUUUGAUUGUUUCAUGUUCUUUCAACCUCGUUACAUACCACUCCUAACACUAAAAUCAUGUCUUUUCUCUUAAUAAUAAUUUUAUGAGCUGUUACUUUUGUCAACUGUUUUUAUCUUAAUAAAUACCUACGUAUCUUAACGA